UUUUUGGUAAGUUAUUGAACUUUAGACCAUUUAACUCAGAAUUUUCAAUUGUACUGAAUUACUUUUAUUGAUAUGCAGUGUUGUGUAAUUAGUCAGUAACUUUUUUUGUUAUAUGCAAGGAGUUCGAGAUAUGCAAGGAGUUCGAGAUAUGCAAGGAGUGCGAGAUAUGCAAGGAGUUCAUGAAAAUACGCAAAAUAACGUUAUGGAACAAGAACCUCCAGCAGCAACCGCACCAGCAGCAACAACACCCAUUGAGGUCUGCACAAAUCAGCCUCCUAUUGGCCGGAAGAGAAGAAGAGCUAAUGCAAAUGCUAUUAGAAAGAGGUCUGAGGUAUGGGACCAUUUUAACCUUAUUCCCGAUAGUGAUCCCGCUACUGCGGCAUGUAAGUACUGCCAUUCAAAGUAUAUGUGUGACUCUAAGAAACACGGAACGUCAAAUUUAAAGAGUCACAUGAAAACAUGUCCUAAGUAUCCGUUGAACCUUUCAACCGACCCUACCCAAACCGUAUUGACAUAUUCAACAAUUCCGGGAGUUGGGUUGGUUCCAACGUCUUCUAGGUUUGAUCCUGUAGGUUGUAGAAAGGGGUUGGCUUACUUUAUCAUUUUAGAUGAAAAACCCUUUAGAACAGUUGAAGGAGAGGGAUUCAAGUACUUUUGUUACCAAAUGCAACCCCAAUUUACAAUACCAUCAAGAAGAACCAUAGCUAGGGAUUGUUUUCAGAUAUAUCUUGAUGAGAAAGUGAGGUUGAAAGCAUUAUUUGGUUCUGAUUGUAGUAGGGUGGCAAUUACAACAGAUUGUUGGACUUCCGUUCAAAAUCUAAACUACCUGACCCUCACCGCUCAUUUUAUAGAUAGGGAUUGGCAAUACCAAAAAAGGAUAAUCAGCUUUGCGAUUAUCCCAAAUCACCGAGGUAAAACAGUUGGUAAGAAGGUUGAGGAUGUGCUGAAGGAGUGGGGGCUUAGAAACGUUUCAACUAUCACGGUAGAUAACGCGGCAUCAAAUGAUGUUGCUGUUAAGUAUUUAGAGCAGAAGAUAAGAAACAUGAAUGGACUUUUUAUGGAUGGAUUUGGAUUUCACAUGAGGUGCUGUGCACAUAUACUGAAUUUGGUCGUGAGAGAUGGAUUAAAAGUAGCCAGCACCUCAAUUUCAAGUGUUCGAAAUGCGAUAAGGUAUGUGAGAUCUUCACCUCAUAGAGCGUUAAAGUUCAACGAAUGUGUGGGUUAUGCCAAUAUUACAUGCAAGAAGUCGGUAUGUCUUGAUGUUUCAACUCGUUGGAACUCGACGUAUUUGAUGUUAGAUGCAGCUGAGAAGUAUGAAACAGCUUUUGAUAAGCUAGAAGAUGAGGUUGAGGAUUAUAGGGAUUUCUUUGAAGGUGAUUCCCCCCCUAGUAGUGAAGAUUGGGAGAAUGUUAGGGUAUUUAUUAAUUUUUUGAAGAACUAUUAUGAAGCGACAACUGUUUUUUCUGUUUCAACAAAAGCAAGUUUGCAUACAGCUUUCCCUUUCUUGGCUGGAAUUUACGUUGAGCUUAAGUCAUUAAACUUGGACCUAAAUGGGUUGUUUGCUAGUGUGGCUAAGGAAAUGUUGGAUAAAUUUAAGAAAUAUUGGAUUGAUAUCACUAAGAUGAACCAACUCCUCUAUUUGGGUGUUAUUUUUGAUCCCCGGUAUAAGUUACGAUUUGUGGAUUGGUGCUUUACUGAUAUGUAUGGACCACUUUCAGAAACUAAGAAAUCUUUGUUAGAAGAGAUCAAUAACAAUCUCUCAAAAAUCUUCAUGGUUUACAAACAAGCCUAUGACAAUGUCGAAGGACCUGUCCCAGUUAUGGCAGCCACUGUUUCUAAUGGUGAAACUGCUGCCAACAUCGAAGUACCGGCACAUGUAGCUAGACAGAAUGCUUUUCAGCAACAUUUGAAGUCUAUGGACUCGGUUGAAGAAAGAAUACCCAGUUCUGUCCCAAAUUGUUAG